AUGCUUUCUUUGCCCUUUCGCAAGGGCACCCACAUCUCCCUUGCCUCUGUCAUUAGGCAGUACAUCAACGAAAAGUACGACCAGCACCCGGACAUGUUCAAGCGCGACCUCGAAUUCAUUGAUGAUCUCCGACAACAAGCCGUCAACGUCCACGAGCCUCAUGCGAGCGGUGUCGCCAAGUUGACGCAGUAUGCGGCGCAGCUCGUCUGGAUCGGCGGGAAAUUCCCCAUCGAUAUUGGUGCCGAGUUCACGUGGUACCCGGCGUUGGGGUAUAAUAUCGACCGACCGCUUGUGCGGAACAAUCUCAAGUUCGAGCUCAUGAAUGCGCUCUUCAACCUUGCGGCGUUGUAUGCGCAACUCGCGCUGAACACCCCGCGGGGCAACACGGAAGGACUGAAGACAGCGGCAAACUACUUCUCUCAGGCAGCCGGGGUUAUAUCACACAUCCAGUCAGUGGUGCUCCCCGAGCUCCGCAUGUCAGACCCCCCGGAGGACAUGGACGCCAACACUCUCGAGUCUCUGAACCAGCUCAUGCUCGCGCAGAGUCAAGAGUGCUUCUGGCAGAAGGCUGUCUUGGACGGGUACAGAGAUGCUUCGAUUGCGAAACUUGCCUCGCGGGUAUCGGACUUGUACAUCCAGGCGAGCGAGGCAGCUAUCAAGAGCGACGCGGUGAGCAGUGCGUGGAUACACCACAUGUCGGCCAAGCACCACCACUUUGCGGCGGCUGCGCAGUACCGCGCUGCGUGCGACUGUCUGGAGAAGAGCAGAUUUGGUGAGGAGGUUGCCCGCUUGACAGACGCCCUAGCCUGUGUGAACGACGGGUUGAGGGAAGCACGCGGCGGUUUUCUUGGCAAGACGGUGGUCGACGAUCUGAAUGGCUUGAAGAAGAAGGUCGAGGCAGACUUGAAGCGAGCCGAGAAGGACAACGAUAUGAUCUACCUGAAUCCCGUGCCGCCAAAAUCAGACCUCAAGAUCCUCGAGCGCGCCAACAUGGCCAUCGCGCGCAUUCCGCCCCAGGUAGCCGAUCCGUACAAGUUCUUUGGCGACCAUGCCGAGUUUGGCCCCGCGCUGUUUUCGCGACUGGUCCCCUUCUCGGUGCACGUAGCCAUCUCGAUCUACGAGGAGCGGCGCGACCGCAUGGUGAACCAAGAGAUCAUACAGCGACUCGAGAGUCUCACCGAGAAGAUCCACACCCUCUUCGAGCAACUUGGUCUCCCGGGAUCGCUGCAAGCUGUCGAGAAGCCGAUAGGACUGCCUCAGUCGCUGGUGCAGCAUGCCGAGGACAUUCGGCAGGCAGACGCCGUGGAGCGCGUGCGGCGAAGCUUUGCUGAUAUUGAUAAGCUCAGGUCGGCAGACAUGAUGAUUUUCGAAGAAGGAAAGGCCGCACUAGCCGCCGAGGAAGAGGAAGACCAGCGCCUACGCGCAAAGUACGGCACAGAUCGGUGGGCGCGCCCGGACUCGCUCAGCGACGCAAGAGGCUCGGAGCUGAGAAGGGUGGCUGGGGAAAUUGAGGGUUAUCUCAACAGCAGCAUCGGCAGUGAUGGUAUCGUCAAGGAGAAGUUCGCCGGCAUCGAGGGCCUGCUGGGUGUGCUCAGCGGUCCGGAUCGUGUGUUGAUGGACUUUGUGCCGUCAUCGAGACGGCCAGAAUCGUCGGACGAAAUCAAACUCGCGGUUGGCAAACUACGCAGCGCUUACAGUGACAUUCUGCGGCUCGAGAGCAGGAGGCGGAAGAAGGUUGAGACGCUGCGCGACAACGCCCGCCGCGACGACAUUAAGCCUGACAUGCUCAAGGAGGCGGCCCGUCUGGAGCGCACGUACCCAACUACGGCGCUGGUGCCAGCUCAUUUCGAGUACUUUUUCGAUCAGCGACUUGACAAGCUCUACGAGCCGGAGAUUCAGGCGAUCGACAAGGAAGAAGAGGAGCAAGAGAAGGCGCUGAGUGCCGUGGAGCGCGCGAACCGCGAGUUUGAAUCGCAAAAGAGGCAGCGCAGCAGCCAGGGCACGAGGGAACGGGAGGCCGCCCUCCAGAAGCUGGAGAAUGCCUAUGUCAAGUACAAGGAGGUCAUCAACAACCUCGAGACGGCGCGCAAGUUCUACAAUGAUCUCAAUAAGAUAGUGGGCCAGGGGUUCCGCGACCAAGUCAAGAAGUGGGUUGCCGAUCGGCACAUGGAUGCGAGGGCACUGGAGGAGGACAUUAACAUGCCGACGCUGUCCAACCUGGCGAUCGGACAGCAGCCGAUGCAGAGUCCCCCUGCGGCCGAGUCGCCCUUUUAUGCCGCCCAGUCGCCGCCGCCGCAGUCGAAUCAGCAAGCCUCUCACAUACAAUCCUGGGCGUCGCCCCAGGCGGCGCACCCUGCGGCCUCGGGAGCGCAUAUGCAGCAGCCCAAACCUGUCGCGCCGCAGACGUGGAAUCCUGGUAUGGGCAUGAAGUUUGGACAGGGUGCUCCGGUCCCUUUCCAGUCGGCACAAGGGCAGCAGCAGGGUCAACAGCAGCAGUCACCGCAACCUCCUCCCCAGCAGCAGCAGCAGCAUAAGACGUGGAAUCCCAGCUCUGGUAUACGAUUCGGGUAA